CAGGCAGGUCACAUCGUAGCAUGUUAUUGUAGUGCGAUUCGUAAAUGGUGUGCUAUUGAUGCCGGUGCCGUUAUAGUAUACUCACAGCGAUCACCAAACAGAACGAAUAUAAGAACAAAGAGACGAUAAAAAAAAAUGUUAAUAAAAACAACAACUACAACGCACACAGAACACGAAACAAACUGACACAUCGAAAGUGUAAGUGUUUGAGAGAGCGCUCGAUGCAUUGAACGAUAUAUUUUUGCUGUUUGUUUGACCGACGAUGAAAAAAAAAAAGAUCGGAGCAUCGAAAAGUGCUGACGAUUGUGAGUGUGCUCAUUCGGUUAGCGUCUCUUGUUGUGUCAUUUAUGUAUCGUUGAAGACCAUUUCGUUUCGUUUCAUUUGUAUUUCAUUUUUGUGCAUUUUUCAUCAAUAUUUUCUUUACUAGUCCUUAGUAAUUUGGUUUUAAAAUCUAUUUUUCUAUUUUUAAAAAAAAUCGUGAAUUUGAUAAAAAAAACGAUUGAUUUUAUUCGUUGUUCUCCAAAAAAAAAAAUUUGGUGACAAAUCAAAGUCAAAGAGAGUAGGAGAAAAAAGAAGACUUUUUUCUAUUUUGACAAAACCAAAUCUGUUGCUAAUAUGAGCCGCCGCCGAUCAUCAAUUACCAAAAAAAUCAUCAAGGAGGAACCGGUGGACGAUGAGGAAAUUUUCGAAGUUGAAAAGAUUCUUGACAAACGCAUCGUUGUGGGAAAGCCACAAUACUUGAUCAAAUACAAAGGCUACCCGGAUUCCGAAAAUACAUGGGAACCACUGGACAAUUUGAAUUGCACUCGAUUAAUUCGGAAUUUUGAACGAAAGCUGCAGAAGAGUGCGAAAGAUGAAAAUGUGCGAGUGUAUCAUGAAUUCGAGAAGAUUGUCGCCAAACGCACCGUCGACGGCAACAAAGAUGAGUACUUGGUAAAAUGGGCUGGAGUGCCAGAAUCGGAAAAUACUUGGAUAUCAUCGAAAGAAUUGCUGUACAAAGAGGCGAUUAAAAAGUUUGAAAAUUCACUCAUGUCCCAUUUCCAGCCGAUCGGUAAUCCGUCAAAUGAAAGCAAGCGAACGACACCCAACACGGAACAACAACAACAACAACAACAACCAAUCGCACCUGAUCAUAAUUACAACAAAACUGAUACGGACAUCGAAAAUACGGCACAAAAUGCACAAGCACCCGCUGUUGGGGUGUGUCAAAGUGACAAGGAAGCUACCAACGAUCGAGCAGAUGUCGAACGCAUUCUCGAUUUAAUCAGAUGGGACGCAAAAAGUGAGGUAAAAUGUCUGGUAAAAUACAAAGGUAUCACGAAACCUCAAUGGGUACCAGUCAACGAAAUUAAACGCACCGAUCCCAUUCCACUCAUCGAUUACUACGAAACCAGAAUCAUUUUGCGCAAGAAACAAUACGAAAUGCAUUUUGAUCGCACUGCCAGCUCACCAGCUCAACGCAAACUUGUCGUGAUGAAGUCAUAGAAAACAAAUAAUUUUCCUCUUUUUUUAUGUCAUUGCAAUUCCUCAGUAUCUCAGUGAAAAUAGAUUAUUCUAUUGUUAAGCAUUUUGAACUUUAUGAAAGAAUAUUUUCGAACAAACGACUCUUUUUUUUCUAAUAUGGAAAUAUUGAGCAAAAAUAAAAACAUCGAAAUAAAAUGUGAACCCAA